CAUUCCCACUCAUACAAAAUCAUGGAUGACAUAUUAGCUCCAAUUCAAGAGGCCUUUGAAGGCCAAAUAGAUUUCCACGGACAACGAAUUACUGAGUUUUUGUCGACGGCACUGUUGAUUCUCUCCGGCGGGGUGCUUGCGUUCUUGGCCGGGUAUAUCUUUCAAGAUAUUUAUUUAUCGCUUUGGGUUGGUCUCGCCGGUACGCUUGUAACGGGGCUUGUCGUUGUGCCUCCGUGGCCUGUUUAUAAUAAAAAUCCCGAGAGCUGGCUGGUUCCUUUGCCUGGGGGGAUGCGCGGAGCUGGGGUCGUGGUGGAUGGGGUCAAAGUCGCGUGAUGAUACAUAUAUGAAUGAAAUACUAGGUAUGGGUGUUGUUGCGGCUUUCAAGGGUGACUGGCCGGCGACCGACCGGUGACGGUCUCUGUCUAGUAGCCAAGUGAAACCAUCACUGCCGUGUCGAUUUCUUUUCUUCUCUUUACUUUUACUCGCAUCUGGUACCACGUAAUCCAAAGGCGCUUCGAGGGGGAAAAACCACUAAUAAGAUAAAAGGAAGAGAGAGAAAAGCUAUUAAAUGAUGACCCUGAACGCCGCCCAAGAAACCUCG